GUCAAACGUCACACAGGUAGCCUAGGUAGGUGACAGUGCAUCUUCCGGGUCCUUUUCAAACCACACCGGAGCGGUUGUGGGACUUGUCCCAUAGGCUUCAGUCCAGCGGUGACACAGCGGUGUCCAGCCAUGGCCGAGUCCCAGCUAACAUGCAUGGAGGACGGCCACAUCAAAGAGAAAGUCCCGGAGUCCAAACCGGAGUUUUACUACAGCGAAGAACAACGCGCGGCGGUUGAACAACUGCUCAAAAACGGUGACGGCGCGUUCAAAAUGCGACUGGAACAGGACAAAGUGAAAGACUUUCUCUCGGCCCGUGAUAUUAAAACGAUAAGGAGCACUUUCAAAGAAUAUGACACUGAAGAUGAAGAGAAGUGCGAAGAAUCAAAGGCGAAACCCGACAAUUCCAAAGCGGACUCAGGGCCCCAUUCGACGUACUGGCCACAGAUGUCGGAUACAGAGGUGCCACCGUUGGAUCUCGGUUGGCCCAAGGGGGGUUUCUUCAAGGGGGUCACGCGCGUGGCGGUUCACACGCACCCGCCAAAAGAGAACGGCCCCCACAUCAAGGAGGUCAUUCGUAGGCUGAUCCAAGAAGCUACCAAGGUGAGAUGUGAGCUGUGGGGAUAUACUGUUAAAUAAUUAUGUAAUAACAGGACUAAUGCUUGUGUUGUAUUGGUUUAUUAUUGGGAUAGUGAUAGCCCUGCCCUAUGUAUCUAAAAUGUGAGGUAGGUAUCUACCUCAUGAUGCCAUUUUUUUUUCAUGGGAAAGUAGGCUAUAUAGUAAUUUAUCAGAGAACAUUGAAAUGCAUUAGUCUGGGGGAGGAGAGAAUGGAUGGUUUGCACAAAUGAAGGACUGAUUAUUAGAGCCAUGUCUCAGCAGAGAGAGAAAGAAGAGGUGUGUGUGUCUAAACUCGUAGAGCAGUGAUCAUCAACUAGAUUCAGCCGCGGGCCGAUUUUUUUCUUGAGCGGAUGGUUAGGGGGCCGGAACAUAAUUACAAAUAAUUUGUAGACUGCAAAUUGACCGCAAGAAGGCCAAACAGAUAUGUUUGACUAAAACAUAAUCAUUUCAAACCUUCUUUACGUUUGUAUACGAUCACGUGUCUCUCUAUUAUGCGUUGCUUGUUCUUGUGAACAGAUUUCUUACAUUUAAAUCACUUGGAGCUGAUUUCCUGGUGUUUUUACAGUCUUAUGUCCAACAGUGAUUUUUUUAUUUAUUUAUUACUUUUUUCUCCAGAACUUGGGGGGCCAUCAGGUGGGCCAUGAAUCCUGUCUGAGGACAUUUUUCAUUGUUGAACACCCUCAAUGAACUAACAGCUGAUUUCCCUAUUACACAGGAAACCCUGUUGAACCAGCAACCUGUCUGUGUAAUACUACUGUUGUAAGAGCUAACUCUUGUAUAAAUGGCACAUUCGGUCAAGUAAAUUAACGUUAGGCUAAUUUCAUGAUUAGGCUAUUCAGAGAACACACACACACACGUCUCUACUUUCCACCUUUUUUGGAUGCGUACAACCUCACAUUAAAACAACACACACCUGAGAGAUAAAGGUGGUUCUAUUCCAUUUUGAUGCAUGAACAAAUCACUCAGCAUGUUGGCAGCACAUAACAGGGGGAACUGGAGUCAGGGCUGCUUAUUUGAGUUGCCUUAAGUAACGUUUGUUUUAUAGUGUCACUAGAGACUGAGUCAUUUUGGACCCACCCAUCUAGACCCAGUCAGUCAGCCAGUCAGCCAGUGAGUCAUCCAGUCAGAGCCAUAUAUAUAGUCACUCAGACCCAGCAACCCAGCCAGCCAGUCAGUCAGUCAGUCAGCAUGCCAGUCAGUCAGUCAGCAAGCCAGUCAGCGAGCCAGUUAGUCAGUCAGUUAGUCAGUCCAUGACACAUUUUCUCCCUUUGUACAACUAGGUCUUAGAAGAAGGAUCAGCUUCCCCUCCCCCAAUCCUAACCUUGACCAUUAGUGGGAGAAAUGUAAAACUGACCCAAGAUCCGGCUUCAUCAAUAAGUGCAUCGACGACGUCGUCCUCACAGUGAUCAUACAUACAUAUCCCAACCAGAAGCCAUGGAUUACAGGCAACAUCUGCACCGAGCUAAAGGCUAGAGCUGCCGCUUUCAAGGAGCGGGACACUAAUCCGGACGCUUAUAAGAAAUCCCGCUAUGCCCUAAGACGAACAAUCAAACAGGCAAAGCGUCAAUACAGAACUAAGAUUGAAUCCUACUACACCGGUUCUGAUGCUCGUCGGAUGUGGCAGGGCUUGCAAGCUAUUACGGACUACAAAGCAAAACCCAGCCGCAAGCUGCCCAGUGACGCAAGCCUACCAGAUGAGCUAAAUGCCUUUUAUGCUCGCUUCGAGGCAAGCAACACUGAAGCAUGCAUGAGAGCAACAGCUGUUCCGGACAACUGUGUGAUCACGCUCUCCGUAGCCGAUGUUAGCAAGACCUUUAAACAGGUCAACAUUCCCAAGGCCUUGGGGCCAGACGGAUUGCCAGGACGUGUACUCAGAGCAUGCGCGGACCAACUGGCAAGUGUCUUCACUGACAUUUUCAAGCUCUCCCUGACCGAGUCUGUAAUACCUACAUGUUUCAAGCAGACCACCAUAGUCCCUGUGCCCAAGAAAGUGAGUGUAACCUGCCUAAAUGAUUAACGCCCUGUAGCACUCACGUCGGUAGCCAUGAAGUGCUUUGAAAGGCCCACUCCAAUUUGCAUACCGCCCCAACUGAUCCACAGAUGACGCAAUCUCAAUCACACUCAACACUGCCCUUUCCCACCUGGACAAAAGGAACACCUAUGUGAGAAUGCUGUUCAUUGACUACAGCUCAGCAUUCAACACCAGAUUUGUUUUAUUUAACCUUUAUUUAACUAGGCAAGUCAGUUAAGAACAAAUUCUUAUUUACAAUGACGACGCUGGGCCAAUUGUGUGCCGCCCUAUGGGACUCCCAAUCACGGCCGGUUGUGAUACAGCCUGGAAUCGAACCAGGGGGUCUGUAGUGACGCCUCAAGCACUGAGAUGCAGUGCCUUAGACCGCUGCGCCACUCGGGAGCCCAUAGUGCCCUCUAAGCUCAUCACUAAGCUAAGGAUCCUGGGACUAAACACCUCCCUCUGCAACUGGAUCCUGGACUUCCUGACGGGCCACCCCCAGGUGGUAAGGGUAGGCAACAACACAUCUGCCACGCUGAUCCUCAACACUGGGGCCCCUCAGAGGUGCGUGCUUAGUCCCCUCCUGUAUUCCCUGUUCACCCACUACUGCACGGCCAAGCACGACUCCAAGGAGGGCCGAACAGGACCUCUAUACUAGGUGGUGUCAGAGGAAGGCCCAAAGAAUUGUUAAAGACUCCAGUCACCCAAGUCAUAGACUGUUCUCUCUGAUACCGCGCGGCAAGCGGUACCGGAGCGCCAAGUCUAGGUCCAAAAGGCUCCUUAAUAGCUUCUACCCCCAAGCCAUAACACUGCUGCUACACACUGUUUAUUAUCUAUGAAUAGUCACUUUACCCCUACAUACAUGUACAAAUUACCUCGACUAACCUGUACCCCUGCACAUUGACUCGGUACCGGUACCCCCUGUAAAUAGCCUUGUUAUUGUUAUUUUAUUGUGUUACUUUUUAUUUUAUUUUGUACUUUAGUUUAUUUAGUAAAUAUUUUCUUAACUCUAUUUCUUGAACUGCAUUAUUGGUCAAGGGCUUAUAAGUAAGCAUUUCACUAUAAGGUCUACUACACCUGUUGUAUUCAGCGCAUGUGACAAAUAACAUUUGAUUUGAUUUGAGAUCAGCACCUAGGGGCAACUUCGCCCUGUCAAGUGAGUGAAGGAGAAAAUAUGAAGUAAUUUCUCAGCGGUGUGUGUGUGUGCCAAACAGGAUUUAAUGGAACGCUGCAGCCUGAUGCUUUGAACCAGUUUGUUUUCUGUUAUGAGAAAUGGAGAGAAUGUGGUUGCAAGUACACACACACACACUAAGUAAUCAGGUGUGGUGUGUUUGUUUAGCAUACUGUGGUUGUCUUCAUCUACAUUCGGUAGAAUAGAUUACUGCGUAAUCGACAUCACACCAUUUACAUGGAUGGCAUUAACAAUGAGUGGAUUUUGUUGCAGCUACUGUUAGAUGGAAGACAUUGUGGUGUUGUAGGUUUUAUCUUGAAUUAUUUCAUAACUUGUUGUUUCUCUUGGCCCAUACUCAUAAAGUGUAUGUCUUAGAGUAGGAGUACUGAUCUAGGAUCAGGUCUCCCUGGUCCAUGUAGUUGUAUUCAAUAUGAUCUAAAAGGCAACACUGAUCAGCACUCCUACUCUGAGAGGGUUUGGGAACACAACAUAGGCCCUUUUGUUACAAAAGAGAACACUUCACUCAGCAUAUUUCCUCUGGAGAAUGCCAUGUAACAGCAUACAGCCUUUUCCUUGUCUGAAUGAGAACAUUAAUGUGAAUUAAGAAACAUUUUCCUCCUCCACCCUUUCCCAGCACUGAGGUCAUCUCAAGGAUAAAGCUUUUGUAGGCAUGCUAGCUAAGCCUUGUUCACAUUGGCAGUUUGAAGUGACUCAAAUCCUAUUUUCUUGCAUAUCCGAUUCAAAUCUGUUAUUUUUCCUGAAGUCUGAACAGCCAAAAACCACAUGGAAUCGGAUAUUUCAAGACAUGUUUCAAACCACCUUUGUAGGCCCUUUCAAAAAGGACUUAUUUUGAAAGUUGGAUCAUCUUAUCCUUUGAGGCUUGACAUUUUUUUAAAUAGUGUUCAAACACUAUGAUUUUGAACAUUCAAAGCAACAGGAAACAUCCAUGGCGGGCAUUUUUGUCACCUUAGCUUGCUACAUAACUUCUGAUUAAUAGGAAGCAUGAGUGCCACCAAUCAACCUACACCACUGCGCACACACCCGUCAUUACUAUGACAACUAGCAUAGAUAGCCAUGUCAGCAAAUGACUGCUGUCUGAACACACACAAAUCUGAUUUGGCCACUUGUAACUUGCUGUUUGGACAGUCAGUAUUCCAAAAGUGAUUUGAAAAACAAAAGUGAUUUGAAAAACAAAAGUGAUUUGAGCAUUAAGGCCUGUGGUGUGAACAAGGCUUUAGUUUCAUAUUCUGUCACUGUAAGGGCCUAUCUUUCUUAUCUUACUCCCAAUAGAGUUUACUGGUAUUGCUAUUUUAUUUUGUUACUUUAACAUUUAUUUUUGUUUUAUUUGUUACUUUAGUUUAUUUAGUAAAUAUUUUCUUAACUCUAUUUCUUGAACAGCAUUGUUGGUUAAGGGCUUGUAAGUAAGCAUUUCACGGUAAGGUCUACACCUGAUGUAUUCGGGCGCAUGUGACAAAUAAGAUUGGAUUUGAUUAUGCCCAUUUCGUUUUGUGUACAAGGAAUUCCUAUAUCUCAUGUAUUAUAAAAACAUACACUCCUUGUGAUGCAGACUUGUCACGCCCUGGCUCUGGGGACUCUUAAAUGUUGAGCCAGGGUGUGUAGUUUCUAUGUUUAGUUUUCUAUUUUUUAGUUUCUAGAUCGUGUAGAUCUAUGUUGGCCAGGGUGGUUCCCAAUCAGAGGCAGCUGUAGUUCGUUGUUUCUGAUUGGGGACCAUACUUAGGCAGCAUGUUUGGCACCAGUCUGUGUGGGAUCUUGUUCAGUAUAGGUAUGUUAUUAGUCUACCUUGGACUUCACGUAUCGAUUGUUUGUUGUUUUGUUCGUGUUCAGUACGUUAAUAAAUAUGUACGCUUAUCACGCUGCGCCUUGGUCCGUCUUAUCCGUAAACGAUCGUGACAAGACUGAAAAGGCAGUGUUGUGUUGUGGACACAUUCAAGUAAAUGUAUCGGUUUCAUCUUACUCCCGAGAGUUCUAGGUCCAUGGAAAUUCCUACAUUUUCAAUAAUUCCCUUUCCAUAUAUCGCCAACUGAAAAGAAAGUGAAAGCUAAGCAGAACAGAACCAGUUCUGAGGAAAGAUAAUAACUGAGAUUCCACUUCCUAGUUCAUUCCUCAGGUGUUUUUAUGUUGUGUUAAAUCCCUCCCCACAUACCUGUCUCUGUCUCUGCUUUGUCUCUGCCAGCCUGGUAGCGUUGGGGCAACUAGGAGACAUGUUGGGUCAACUACAGGGAUUUUUCUGCAAUUGAAAUCCUUAGGCGGACCACCUAAGCGGUUUUUCGGGCCGCCUAUGUCCAAACAAUAUAAAAAAUAUAAUAAAAAAAAAAUACAGGACUAAAAUAUAUAUAUAAUAUAUAUAUAAUUUUUGGGAUGGAAAAACGCUUUCAGUGUACAUUUAAACCACUAAAACCAGAUAUAAAGUUUGUAUUAAAGAUAAUGGACAUAUAGAUUUUUUCAUAAUGUAAUCUUUGCGAACUAACAAUCACCUAAAUUAAAGCUCAGGGAGAAUUGAAAGUUCCCAAAACAAUGAAUUUAGCAGUAUUUAUUUUGUUAUUAUGUUUGAGAAAAAUAACACAACAUUAGCCAUGGCAAAAUGCAUAGAACUGCAGGAAAUUAGAUUUAAAAAUGCAACAUUUUCUCUCCGCUCCAUUGUAAAAUGUGUAGAAUUGCAGGAAUUGGUUUAAAAAUGCAAAAAUGUCUCUACACCACCAAGAUGGCACUGUUUAUAAGCAUUUAUAACAACCUGGGUUUAGUAUAUGUGUUUUCUGUAGGCCCAGCUUGUGCUUUCAGUCCGACAGUCAGUGAUUGUUGUAUAUGGCCUUUUGUCAGGGAGGUUUUUCAUAGUUUUAUUGACUUUCAAGUUAUAUGAUUUACUACUAUUGUUCUUAAUGACUUUUUAUUUCCAUUUAUUGUUCUAGCUAUAUUUCAUAUACAUUGUGUAAAUUGUAUGGCUUUUAAAUUAAGUUGUUGACAGACCUUUAAAUAAAGUUUGAUUUGAAUGUAUUUGCUGUGUUUCUCCCUCCAGUUUGAUUGUAUUUGAAUACCCCUGACUCUAUGUGUGUUUAAAUAAAGAUUGAUUGUAUUAGAUUUUCUGAAUAAGCUUUGAUUGUAUUUGUAUCUUUCAGGUGUUAGCUAUAGUAAUGGACCUGCUGACAGACAUCCAGAUACUGCAGGACCUGCUGGAUGCAGCGUUGCGGCGCUCCGUGGCCAUCUACAUCCUAUUGGAUGCUAGCGGGGUUCCACACUUCCUGGACAUGUGCUGCAGGCUGCAGGUCGGUGCUCAGCACCUACGGGUAAGAGACGGUCCCUCAUACUGAAGCAGAGGAGCAUUGAAGGCUUUAGGCUACUCACAUAUGUGUUGUACUAUGGCCCUGUGUCAUGUGUGAUCAUGUGACAUGCCUGGGGGACCAGUACAGAAAAUAAAAAAAAGUAUGAAAAUGUAUGGACUCACUACUGUAAGUUUCUCUGGAUACGUGCGUCUUCUAAAUAACUAAAAUGUCAAAUGAUCUUUGGCAUGUUAAAUUCAAAAGAUUUCUAUGUUAAUAUUCACAGAUGGUAGUUUAGAUAUGCUAGGCUUAACACUGAUGAGUUGAUGGCUUUCUGUGUGUAUGCAUAAUAACAAGUUAUAACAAGUUACCAUAACCCUAACCCUUUUAUAUAACUGUGUGUGUUGUAUCGUUCAGAAUAUCAGGACUCGUACAAUUCAGGGUCCAGGGUUGGGUCUGUCCUUCGGUAGACUCCCUGGUUCUCUGUGUAGUAAAUACAUGCUGGUUGAUGGGGACAAAGUCAUGUUCGGCUCCUACAGGUGAGAGAAAGCAGCUGUAUGUGUCUCUCUCUCUCUCUCUCUCUUCUCUCUCUCUCUCUCUCUCUCUCUCUCUCUCUCUCUCUCUCUCUCUCUCCUCUCUCUCUCUCUCUCUCUCUCUCUCUCUCUCUCUCUCUCUCUCUCUGUCUUGUGUGUGUUACUGUGUGUUCACGUUCAAGACAUAACAUAUCUGUGUUCUUUCUCUCCUAGCUUCUCUUGCUGUGUGUGUUUGUUUCACUGUGUCUUUGUUGAAGACCUAAAAAUAAUUAUUGUGAUCUUUUUCUCCUCUAGCUUCUCAUGGAGUUCGUCUCGGAUGGACCGCAACAUGAUCACGGUUAUGACUGGCCAGGUGGUCGACUUCUUCGACCGCGACUUCUGCGAGCUAUAUGCCGUCUCUGAAAAACUGGACCUCUACAAGGAGUUCAGCCUCAGCCCACCUAACAUGGCCGUCCCCGCGCGGCUCAAAGUGGAGCCCGUAAAACCCCAGUUACCAGCCGCCACAUCCAGAUUCCAGGUCAGUCUAGGCAACUCGCGUAGAGGUGAUCUCCAGGUGCCUGCACAUAAAUACCACAACCCCAAAUACUCUCUGGUGUACGGGAAUAGUAUUCCUGGACUGACGGGGUCCUUGCAGGAUCUACCAGGCAGAGAAAAGACGGCUAUAACGGAGGGACCUGAGGGACUAAUGCAGGUGAGCAGCGAGUGGUUGGAUAACCUCACUCCACUACCAUCCGAAGGCGGGAAAGUAGGGACGACAAAAAACAACGGAAUUCUGGAGAAGAAAUCCCGCCCUUCUUUGAAGAAACUCUUCAAGGUGAAAUUGACAGCCAAUCAAAGCGCUGUCACCGGGGGUGAUAGCCCGGCAACCAGUCCAAUCCCCUCCCCCACAUCGUUGGGAGCCAAUAGUAUGGAGGAGAUGGAUAACCUUGAAGUUAUGGUGAAACAACCAAAGAAGAGUAAGAAGUCUAAAAUGGGCCUGAAGAGUGUUUCCCUACAGACUGUCAGCACACAAGACAAUGAGAGUAAGUUGUUUUUGUUGUCUAAAUAUUUGAGCUCAGUUUGAUUCUCUCUCCCUCUCCCUCUCUCUUUCUCAUUGUUAUGUCAAUACCUGUAUCUCUUCGUUUAUCUCUCGAUCUCUCAAGUCAUUUAACCGUUGCACUAAUUUCCUCCCUCUCUCUUUCUUUCAGGCGUGAAGAGCCGUAGGCGAUCAACGAAGAACAAAUGUAGUCAAUCCUGAUUGAAACCAGAGUCAAUCCGGAAUCAAACCACCCCACUCAACUGGUUCUCUGUGGACUUCCAUAAUAUCUUUGGGAUCUUGUGCAAUAAUUACUAUAAUGUGUCAAUUCUACUUGCUCAGUACAGAGAUAUUCUAUGGACAAACAGAGCUUUCCUGUGCCUUAAAGCUGAGAUCUGCAAUAGGUGGAACAGCGCCACUGGCCCCAGGCACAUUUGUUAUUGUUUUUAUUUUGAGGAAAUGUUCAUCCAGCAUCGUGGUAAAUAUAAAUCGGAGUAUAUACUCUGCUGUUCUAUCGCACGUGCAAUGGUGUGCAAUGAAAACAUUGUUGGUUGUUUGAAGUAACGUCUUUGUU